GUCACCUUCCAUCCGACAACAGAACAUCUUCUCCGUCAGUAUCCCGUGCUGCAGGGUUCAUGCGCCAUCACAACUAGAAGAGGGCACAAGGGAAGGGAGGGGAGAUGAACGUUAGUCGAGAGAUGAAUACGUUGAAGCUACGACAAGUGUGACAACUGCAUGGUUGAGACAGGUCAAGGUAAGGAGUAGACUAACGAGCAGCAUUCAGAUGCGUAUUCUCCCUCAAUCACGACCGUGAAUGUUGAUGGCAAUGUGCAGUGUCGCUUCGGCCAACGCCGGCCAAGCCGAUGUUGCAUCCUUGCGCUUACUGUACCGCAGAACAACUCGAGGGCGCACAAUCUGGCUAUGGAUGCUUAGGCUGCUGGGGGUGAUACAGAUGAUCAUUGGGGAAAAUAUGCCCAGAAUGAUCGCUGGGAACCCGUGGGAGGGACCCCUGUCGGGCCGAGGAUCGGCCGGGCACUUGUCGCGCUCAUGCCACCUUUUAGAUGUGGAACAACAUCAGCAAACCGGCUCAGAUCCAUCUGAUACAUUGGGCCCGGAAUGACCAGCUGAAGUCGUUCGUUGUACAAUUGGCGCAUCUCGUCUGGCGGCACCCAAAACAGGAGCUCGCCGCCCAUCCCCCGGAUCCAUCCUGUCCGGCUGUC